AUGUCGAUCGUAGCAUUGGCAGAGGAUCAGCAGUCGAGCGUUACCCUCGAUGUCCUGCACGAUGUCGCCGCACGAAACAACAUUAGGAUCACUUCUAAGGCUGAUGAAGAAGCCUUCCUACUCGUCCUCCAAUCGGCCGACGUGACAGCAGCGGUUGUCAAUAACCUGCCUGACUACGUUGAUCCUAGACUUGAGCCAGUUCCCACCCUCGGCGGACGAGAGUAUUGGAAGGUAAAGAGUAACAGCCACAAUGCCUGGAGUCACCAGGCAAAUCUUGUGGCGGAGAAGCCAGCUUUACAUAUCCUGGAAGGGCGGAAGAUCGUGAUGAAGGACAAUAUGGCUGUGGCUGGACUGCCACAUACCUGCGGCACCUUCCCUCAGUUUGUUUCCAGGGAUGGCACAUACCCGAUCGCCACUAUUGAUGCCCCUAUAACCAAACGACUGCUGGAAGCCGGAGCCACGAUUGUCGGCACGUCUACCUGUGAGAACUACUCCUUGACGCCUAUGUCCUACACUUCUGCGAACGGGCCGGUCCACAAUCCGUGGCUGCGCGACCACAAUGCUGGAGGGAGCACCAGUGGCGGCGCAUUCCUCGUCGCAUUGGCCAACGCCCGUGCUGCUGGGGUCGCUGGGUUGGACGACGCAGGCGACGACGUUGAACUCGCUAUGGGCGGAGAUCAAGCGGGUUCCAUCCGCCUGCCCGCGGCAUACUGCGGCAUCUAUGGAUUGAAACCCACACAUGGUCUAGUCCCAUACACGGGUAUUGCGGGACUUCAUCCCAUGAUUGACUACACAGGUCCAAUGGCAAGGAAACUAGAGGACAUUGCCACGUUAUUAACUGUCGUUGCCGGAUACGACGGCCUCGACCCUCGAAUGUCACCUGAAUCACCGCUCCGGCAAAAUGUCACCGACUAUUCCAUGGAGCUAGCAUCUGCUCCAAAUCCUGGCAAGGGUCUCAAGGUGGGCAUCAUCAAAGAAUCGCUUGCGUUCCCAGGUUCACAAGCAGAGGUCUCCGAAACUGUACGUGCUGCUGCAAUCAAGCACUUCGAGGCCAGCGGAGCGACAGUGUCCGAAGUCUCGGUGCCGAUGCAUUUGUCAGGACCUGCGAUCUGGACAGCAGCUACACGGGCACAUCUUGCAGGUUUGGCGAUCGGCGGCCGGAUUCCUGACGUCCUCAGCCAUAAUAUCCCACACCUCUCUCUGCGCUGGCCUCCUGACCAAGAGAUGUACGAUCUCUUGAGAGUGGCGAACCCCGCCGUGAUCAAUAUCCUAUUUUGCGAGACGUUCUUGAAGGAGAAGUUUGGUCCGGAGGUGCAAGCCAAAGCCCAUCGCCAUGUGCUGCAGUUGAGAGCGGCUUAUGACAGAGCUCUAGAAGAGUUCGAUGUCCUUGUCACUCCUACAACGCCAGCGGUCGCGCCUCCACAUCCUGAUUUGCGACCAGAAGUCGAUGGUGGGAGUACUGUGAUGGACAAGAUCAAACUAGCUGUUGGAGCCACGAAUAAUACAUGCCCAUUCAACGCCACUGGUCAUCCAGCUUUGUCCGUGCCUUGUGGCUGGGCACCAGCAAAAACCGGAAAAGGAAUGCUGCCUGUGGGUAUGCAAGUGAUUGGCCGGAAGUGGGACGACUUGGGCGUUCUGAAAGCUGCCAAAGCAUUUGAACUUGGAGGUGGGAGCCUGGGGCCCUGGCCUGGCCAACCGCACGGAUAG